CAUUUCCUGCCGCUCUGGCUCUCCCGGCCCCUGAAAGUUCGUCCCAACUUUUUCUCCCCCGGGCGGGCGCGGCGGGCGCAGUCCGGGGGCAGGUUGCUGCGCUCCUCCUCGCUCCGCCGCCUGCCCUCCCGGCGCUGGUCCUCGGGGAGCGGCCGCCACUCAGUGGCCCCUGGCGGUCCUUCCCCUCCCACCUCGCCCAUCCUCCCGGCCCCAGCCUCCCUCUGGCGGGACAGACCCGAGCCAGGGUGGUUCUCCUUUUCCCCUUCUCCGAGCGCCCCCGCACCAACUCUCGCGCCGGGAUCGCGGCGGAAACCUCCCUCCUCUUUCGCCUCCUUCGGCUCCUUCCCUCCGCCCUUCCACCGCCAGCCACUGGAAUCAAUUCUUUGGGGGAAUUGGGGCUUCGCCGCUGCCGCCGCCGCGGAGGACAGCCUUUCCGCGCGGGACUCCGGGGCACCGAUAGGGCCAUGUAAGCAGUUGCCGUCACCCCCAGCUACAAUUUAAGGAGAUUGUGGGGUUUCGUCUUCAGUCUGUCCAGGGACUGGCUGUUGCAGGCUCUUUGUGAAGCGACCCUCCAGAGCGCCACGCCGGGCAUGGACGCCUUUUUCCGCACUUGGAGGAGCACGGGUGCUAGUGUCAUCGCCCAGUCACAAAGCUGCUAAGGCCGUCUCAGGGGCGUGGGCGUCAGGACAGGAGGGCAGCAUCCGAGGGCCACAGAGCCAUGCCUUUCGGCCUGAAGCUCCGCCGGACCCGGCGCUACAACGUCCUGAGCAAGAACUGCUUUGUCACCCGCAUCCGCCUGUUGGACAGCAACGUUAUCGAGUGCACGCUGUCUGUGGAGAGCACAGGGCAGGAGUGCCUGGAGGCGGUGGCCCAGAGGCUGGAGCUGCGGGAGACGCACUACUUUGGCCUUUGGUUUCUCAGCAAGAGCCAGCAAGCACGAUGGGUGGAGCUGGAGAAACCUCUGAAGAAACAUCUGGACAAAUUUGCUAAUGAGCCUCUGCUUUUCUUUGGAGUCAUGUUUUAUGUGCCAAAUGUGUCGUGGCUUCAGCAAGAGGCCACAAGAUAUCAGUAUUACCUGCAAGUCAAAAAAGACGUGCUUGAAGGGCGGUUGCGAUGUACGCUGGAACAGGUGAUCCGGCUGGCGGGCUUAGCUGUGCAAGCUGAUUUUGGAGACUAUAAUCAGUUUGACUCUCAGGAUUUCCUCAGAGAAUAUGUGCUGUUUCCAAUGGAUUUGGCCCUGGAAGAAGCUGUUCUGGAGGAGCUGACACAGAAGGUGGCCCAAGAACACAAAGCCCACAGUGGAAUCCUGCCAGCAGAAGCUGAGCUUAUGUACAUCAAUGAGGUGGAACGUUUGGAUGGCUUUGGACAGGAAAUCUUCCCUGUGAAGGACAAUCAUGGAAACAGUGUGCACCUGGGCAUUUUCUUUAUGGGGAUUUUCGUGAGAAACAGAAUUGGAAGACAAGCAGUAAUAUACAGGUGGAAUGACAUGGGGAAUAUCACUCACAACAAGUCAACUAUCCUGGUGGAGCUCAUCAGCAAAGAGGAGACUGCCCUCUUUCACACGGAUGAUAUCGAAAACGCCAAGUAUAUAUCUCGAUUGUUUGCUACACGGCACAAGUUUUACAAACAAAACAAAAUCUGCACUGAACAAUCAAAUUCUCCACCCCCUAUCAGACGCCAGCCCACCUGGAGCCGGUCCUCCCUGCCCCGGCAGCAACCGUACAUCUUGCCUCCCAUGCAUGUCCAGUGUGGCGAACACUACUCGGAAACACACACUUCUCAAGACAGCAUCUUCCAUGGGAAUGAAGAAGCCUUGUAUUGCAACUCGCACAACAGCCUGGACUUAAGUUACAUAAAUGGCACCGUCACCAAUGGCAGUGUGUGUAGCAUUCACAGCGUCAACUCCCUCAGUUGCUCCCAAAGCUUCAUCCAGGCUUCUCCCGUGUCCUCCAACCUCAGCAUCCCUGGGAGUGACAUCAUGCGGGCUGACUACAUCCCGAGCCACCGGCACAGCGCCAUCAUCGUGCCAUCCUACCGGCCGACCCCCGAUUAUGAGACAGUCAUGCGGCAGAUGAAGAGGGGGGUCGUGCACACGGACAGCCAGAGCCAGUCCCUGCGAAACCUCAACAUCAUCAACACCCACGCCUACAACCAGCCAGAGGAUCUGGUGUACAGCCAGCCCGAGAUGCGGGAGAGGCACCCCUACACUGUUCCUUAUGGGCCCCAGGGGGGCUACGGUAACAAACUGGUCAGUCCAUCGGACCAGAUCAACCCGAAGAAUACCACGGUGCCAAGCAAGCCCGGGGCAAGCGCCAUCUCACACACGGUGAGCACCCCGGAGUUGGCCAACAUGCAGCUCCAGGGCACCUAUAACUACAACACGGCCCACAUGCUCAAAAACUAUCUCUUCCGGCCACCACCCCCCUACCCACGGCCCCGCCCCGCCACGAGCACCCCGGACCUCGCCAGCCACCGCCACAAGUACGUCAGCGGCAGUAGCCCCGACUUGGUGACUCGCAAAGUGCAGCUGUCCGUGAAGACCUUCCAGGAGGACAGCUCCCCGGUGGUGCAUCAGUCUCUCCAGGAGGUGAGCGAGCCCCUCACGGCCACCAAGCACCACGGCACGGUGCACAAGCGCCACAGCCUGGAGGUGAUGAGCAGCAUGGUGCGGGGCAUGGAAGCCAUGACCUUGAAGUCGCUAAACAUCCCCAUGGCCCGCCGCAACACUCUGCGAGAGCCGGGGCCACCCGAGGAGGUGCCGGGGAGCCACGAGGUCCCCCAGCUUCCGGAGUAUCACCACAGGAAGACUUUCUCGGAUGCCACGAUGCUGAUCCACAGCAGCGAGAGCGAGGAGGAAGAAGAGGAGGCUCCGGAUCCGGUGCCCCAGAUCCCCGUGCUCCGCGAGAAGAUGGAGUACAGCGCCCAGCUACAGGCCGCCUUAGCCCGCAUUCCAAACAAGCCCCCACCCGAGUACCCCGGACCCAGGAAAAGUGUGAGCAACGGGGCGCUGGGGCAAGACCAGGUGUGCCUUCCUCCCGCCAUCGCCAGGGCCAGGGUCCUGAGGCAGGGGCCAGCCAAGGCCAUCAGUAUCUCCCGGGCUGACCAGAUGGCCAUCAACGGGUCCUCUCUUGGUCCAUCCAUCUCAGAGCCCGACCUGACAAGUGUGAAGGAGCGGGUCAAGAAAGAGCCUGUGAAGGAGAGACCUGUGUCUGAAAUGUUCUCCCUGGAGGACAGCAUUAUAGAAAGAGAGAUGAUGAUCCGGAAUCUAGAGAAGCAGAAGAUGGCAGGCCUGGAGGCACAGAAGAGGCCACUGAUGUUGGCAGCCUUGAACGGACUCUCGGUUGCUCGGGGCUCGGGGCGGGAAGAAAGUCGCGUUGAUGCCACCCGAGUUCCCAUGGAUGAGAGGUUCAGAACCCUGAAGAAGAAGCUCGAAGAGGGAAUGGUGUUCACAGAAUAUGAGCAGAUUCCAAAGAAAAAGGCCAAUGGCGUUUUCAGCACAGCAGCUCUGCCAGAAAAUGCUGAGCGCAGCCGUAUCCGGGAGGUCGUCCCCUACGAGGAGAACCGCGUAGAGCUCAUACCGACCAAAGAAAACAACACAGGCUACAUUAACGCCUCCCACAUCAAGGUGGUGGUUGGUGGGGCAGAAUGGCACUACAUCGCCACUCAGGGGCCUCUGCCACACACAUGCCAUGACUUCUGGCAGAUGGUGUGGGAGCAGGGAGCGAAUGUGAUCGCCAUGGUCACCGCAGAGGAGGAAGGCGGACGAACCAAGAGCCACCGAUAUUGGCCCAAACUGGGUUCCAAGCACAGCUCAGCCACCUAUGGCAAGUUCAAGGUCACCACAAAGUUCCGAACAGAUUCCGGUUGCUAUGCAACCACAGGCUUGAAGGUCAAGCACCUUUUGUCCGGGCAGGAAAGGACAGUGUGGCAUUUGCAAUAUACUGAUUGGCCAGAUCACGGCUGCCCAGAGGAUGUUCAAGGAUUUUUGUCCUACUUGGAGGAGAUCCAGUCGGUCCGUCGCCAUACCAACAGCAUGUUGGAAAGCACCAAGAACCAGCACCCCCCGAUAGUGGUCCACUGCAGUGCUGGGGUGGGAAGGACCGGCGUGGUCAUCCUUUCUGAGCUGAUGAUCUACUGCCUGGAGCAUAAUGAAAAGGUGGAAGUGCCCAUGAUGCUGAGGCUCCUCAGGGAGCAGAGGAUGUUUAUGAUCCAGACCAUCGCUCAGUACAAGUUUGUCUACCAGGUCCUCAUCCAGUUCCUCCAAAACUCCAGACUCAUUUAACCCCCGGCUUCAGCUCCUGGAAGAGGCGGCCAGCCCCACCGUACAGAUGGGGACGCACCUCCAGACAACAUCUGCUCCCCCGGCAGGGCGCGGAUGGCCGGAGCAGGCAGGUCACGGGCUCCCUGAAGACAGAAGCGCCAAGAUCGUUCACACACGUCAUGUAUUAUUUUAUAGGAGAUAAUUUAUUUUUUCCCCCUUUGGAAUAACUUUUGUGAAUCAUCGUAAUGCUGUUUUCACAAUAAUAUAGUACUUUUCCUCUGAACCACAUUUUGACUGAUCUGCAUUGUAAUAGGUCAGUAGGGAGGGUUGCCUGGUGGAUUAUUUGGGGGACAGAGGCAUAAGGGAACACAUCUCUAGUGAAGUUGCAGCCAGAUUUGUAACCAGCCCUGACAUUUGUCAGCCUAAUUGCUCACGUCCACAUCAAAGAUGGCAAGAAAAUGAGUUCAUCCUAAAAUAUAAAAGAUAAGGGCUAAGGCCCUUUCCUGAAGGAGAAGAACAACACUCUUUUCUUAUAUUUGGGGGCUCCUGUGGCUUGAUGGGCAGUUCCUUCCCUUUCCCCUUUUUGCCCUCUCCCUCAGUAGUCUCUUUUUUCCUCCCAGGCUUGAGUUAAAGACAGGACCAGCUAGAGGAAACGCUCCCUUUCCAAUGCAGUGAUUGCCAUUGCCCGGGAAGAACGAGGACUCUGUGUUGUAUCUUUCUCAACCACUCCUUAUUCUGGGCUCUGGAGCCUGUUCCCCUGCUGGAGACUGCACCCUUGAUAUUUGCUGCUUCUCCCUGUUGGCUCAGUGGACCCUAGUCUGGUGGCCUCCGAGACCCUGGGCCAGGCCGUCUGUGCAGCUAGGCUUCUUGCCUGAUUGAGAGAAGAUAACAGACCAGUGUGGAAGAGAGAGGAGACAUGCAGGCCCUUGAUACUGUUUCUUAUUUAAAUAUGAAGCGUGUGCUGACGGGGAUCUGAAGGUCAAGGUGCUGGGUGCCAUGGAAAGGUUAUAAAGGAAGCGGUUGGGAAAGCUGAUGUAUGGGGGCUCUUUGGCACUCAGGUGGCAGGGGCCCUGCCAGGAGCCACCCCAAGUGUUAUCCCCGCUGUGCUGCUAAGCAUCUCCAGCCUUUGGCCUGCAGGAGCAGAACUAAGCCCACCCAGGACCUUGCAGUCCAAAGCUUGGCCCACCUGCUGAAAGACGGUGAGAUUUGUGCUGCUUUCCUUUUCUCCAUACAGCCCACUCUGGUCAGUUGUGGUAUUAACCCUGCCCUCAGUUUGAAGCUCAGUCCUUAGUUCGUCUCCUUCUGGGCCUUCAUUGGCCACUGUCCUUCUGAAUUUUGUAGGUUAGUACAUAAUAAAUCAUGUUCUGCACAUUUUCCCUCCUGCUGACUUCUGGGGAAUUUUCCCCUCUACUGUCUAGUUUUUCUUGAUGCAACUUUUAAUUGUGGCUUUGUUCUUAAAAUUGACUUUUGCGGGUGUUCCAUGAUGCCUUCUUCCACUGCUCCCUUUUUUUUUUCCUCCUGAGGUGCAAAUAUAAAGAAAGAAUGGCAUCCAGUCGACCAGAAAGAGUGUGCCUUUGUGGCUUCCGGUCACCACAACAGGCGGGUGCGGAAGCAGAUUCCUGAUGAACUACUUUGGGGUAUGAAUCAACUUGGUUUCACAUCUGGCCAGGUGUUAGAGUGGUGGUUCUCUGUAUUUGGACUCAGUAUCUGGCGAUGGAGGGCCUCCUACCUUCUCUUCCAAGGUCUAAAGAAUCAGUCAAGGAGUAGAACUUCAGCUGAGCACCAUAGAUUCUGGAAUUUUGCUGCGUGAUCUGAAAAAGAAAACCACUAGUAUGACGUGUAUUUUCAGUGGAUCACAGCUCGUAACCCUCACUAGGAGACGCUCAGAAAUUGGGUCAUCGGCAAGCAAAGAGGUAUUGUUUCCAUUUCCUUAGGGACUUUCCAUCCUUGGGAUAUUCUGCUGUUAGGGAUGUUUUAACAGUUGGUCUGCCGUUACUGGUUUAUUGUUUGAGGAACCACAUCGGUAUUUCUCUUUGUCUCUCAGGCCCCAGUGUGGGGUGUUAAAAUGUCUCAUGUGGGCAGCGUGUAGAUCUGCUGUCUCUGAGCUCAUCACUCACGGCCCUCCUUUCAACUCAUCCACUGUUGCCACUUGGUGCUCUGGGAAUAUUCAUGAACGCACAAAAUGCAAAGAAGUAGGUUCAGUAUCCAAUUUCCUAGCCAAAGGUUGUAUUGAAACUCAAAGGAAAACAUUUAAAAGUGAUUCCCCAUAUUUUGUUUUUAAAAACAAAUGCUUUUCGCCCUUGAGCCCAUUUUGCCUUCCUUUUCACGUCUCCAGUAAAUGCCAACCUAUCUCCUGUUAAAUUAGCAGCAGCCAUUUGAAGUCCUUUCAGUGGCAUCUGCAUAAUAAUUGCCCAGAGAUGCUUUAUAUCUGGGAAGCAAGCCAAGGAAUAAACCUUGAAGCAAAGUGUAUUAAAUUAGUUAUCUAGUUAGAGCUUUUGGAGUGAGUUCCUGACGAUGUAUCAAGUCUGAAGCUGGAGCUAUCGGGGGUCUGUUGCUACAGUUUCGACUUGAAGGGAGAAAAUUAAAAAUGGAGGGAAAAAAAAAAAAAAAGGAUACCAUCUUACAACAAAGCCAUCCAACACUUUCAGGCCUCUGGUUUUGAAGUUUUUCCAGUUGAAAUGUUUUGUUUCUUUCAUCCACUCCCAUUUGGAUAUAUUGACCCAGUGUUCAUCCUUGUUUACCGUGGUGCCUGAACCAGAGGGGCUGAGUUUGACGUCUUCAUCCUUGAGCUGAGCUAAGCCUGUUUGAAAAGCCGAACCGUAUCCUGUUGUGCUUUACUGGGUUCCUUGGGCUUUAAGCGCUUUUUGUGAACUCACUGCCUUGCUACGGCAACCGUUGCCUCACUUGAGUGGGCCAUCUCCUGGGGCUUGGAGUCACUCUUUGCAGAGAGCACUUUGGAUUCUCCUAGGCAGGCCAUCCUUUCUUGAUAUACAGUCUGUAUUAGCUGACCUCAGCCCAGUGGUUAUGGAACACAACAUGUGGGCCCGAAGUGUCCAGAGUCACAAAGCAGAAUGUGCUUUUGAAUCUCUCUUCCCCACUUCCAGUGGUGCGUGGGAUGGAGAAAGUGGGUAUGGUUAUUGAUUUUCUUUGGGCGGGGGUAGACCUGUCAAUCGCUUGAGGUCAGGGGGUGGGCAAAUGCAGGGACCUUCUAAGAUGUGUGCCAGGGAGCUUAGACUCAAGGGUUGGGGAUUGAGUCUGAGCCAUCUUAGUGUUAAUCUACCCUUCAUUCCUCCUUCGUGUCGGGAGUAACUGUCAGGAUCCCAGACUAAGAAAUUUCCAGAAGCACCAAGUAAUUACUGUUGGGCUCUUAAGGUGGCUCUUUGUGGGAAUAGUUUCCUCUUGUUUUACCAAAGAUACUUCUGCAACUGUGUUUUAUUUUAUUGCCUAUGGAUUUUAUCAGACACUCAUCAUGCUCUUACUUAGUGAUUUCUUUUCGUGAGCAAAGUAACAACUCAUCUAGCACUGAUUCCAAAUGGAGAAAUUUGGGGUUUUCAUGGAGACCGCAAAAAUUUUCCAUUGGUCUAGAGCUUUACGGGUGACAGAUUAGUUGGCCCUAUAGGGUUGAAAUAAUCCUACUCGGCCCUAUAGGGUGGACAUCUCUAGGAUAUUAAAUUAUGUUUGACACUUCCCGUGAACUCUGAGCAAGUUAAGCACAAUGGUUCUUGUCUUUGCCUCAGCUUCUAAGACAUUUGGGGCAAAAGACCUUACUGGUGCAUCUAUUGAAAGUAACAGCAACAUGCCUGGGAGAAAUGGG